GUGUGUGAUGGAUCCAGGCCUUCGGGAAAGGGCUCAGAUGCUGUUCCACCUGCUGCUGCGGUACACAACAGACAUGCUGGUUUGGGAAGAUACCAAUGAACUAUCAGAGGAGCUGAAGCCAAAAGUGAUGGAAGACACCUACUUCUGUGUGCUCUACAACGAUGAGCAUCACUCGUAUGACCACGUCAUCUACACACUUCAGCGCGCGAUUGCCUGUGACCAGAAUCAGGCCCAAAUCUACACUGCACUUAUUGACAAGGAAGGGCGGAAAGCAGUGAAGAGAGGUACUCUCCGAUCCUGCCAGCAAGCUAAGGACAAUAUCAGGCGUAACUCGGAGCACAUUAUCCAGAAACCUUUGCGGGUGGAGAUUCUUCACUCUGCUGUAAUGGCUCAUCAGAACUUCGCCCUCAGACUUGGCGCAUGGUUCCAAAAGAUCAUUGGCUACUCAGUUGGCCUCAGGGAGGUGUUCUGCCAGGUGGCUUUGGAGCCGGCCUCUGACAACAAUAAACCCUGCCUGAUCAGUCAACUCAUGCUGCACGACGCCAAACUAUAUAAAGGAGCCCGCAAGGUUGUGCACGAGUUAAUUUUUAGUAGUUUACUGAUGGACACAGAAUACAAGAGGCAGUUUGCCAUGAAAUUCACAGAGCUCUACAAGCAACUUCAGGAAGACUUUAUCUGUGAUGACCAUCAAAGGAACAUCUCAGUCACAGCCUUGUCUGUGCAAAUCUUCACUGUUCCCACUUUGGCCAGGCAGUUGAUAGAGGAGGGCAGCGUCAUCAAGGUCAUUAUAGACACUGUAAUGGAUAUGAUGAGGGAACAUCUGGACAGCAACCAACGCUUCCACUUCCAGGGCCACAACCCCGACAAGUUCUUCCGGGUUCAAGUUAUCUUCCAUGACCUCAGGUACAUUCUAAUCAGUAAGCCCUCUGUUUGGACUGAGACGUUGAGGGAGAAGUUCCUUGAAGGUUUACGUGUCUUUCUUCGCUUCUUAUGUUGUAUGCAGGGGAUGGAGGAGGUGAAGAGGCAGCUUGGUCAGCAUGUUGAGGUGGAGCCCGAGUGGGAGGCUGGAUUUAGCCUCCAGAUGCAGCUACGCCAUAUUCUCGCCAUGUUUCAGGACUGGUGUUCUUCUGACGAGAGGGUUCUGUUGUUGGCCUUUCAGGAGUGUCACAGAGCUCUAAUGUCCUGCACCAACCAGCCCUUCUGCAGCGAGCCAACAGACAGCUACAUGUGCAAGCAGAUCCUCCACGCACGGCCGUAUAAAGUCUCCCAGGAGCCCGUCUCCAUCCAUCUGCCCAUCUCCAGACUCCUGGCCGGUUUAUAUGUGCUGUUGUGCCAGUCUGGAGCAAUCCAAUACCUCCCUGACUUUGUGGAUACUGUGCAGCUGAACUUCACUGAGCUGGCGGAGCAGCCUCUGCGCUGUGUUGUGCUGGCGGCUCAGGUGUGUGCUGACAUGUGGCGCAGAAACGGCCUGUCGCUCAUCAGCCAGGUGUAUUACUAUCAGGAUCUUAAGUGCAGGGAUGAAAUGUUUGAUAAGGAUAUUAUCAUGUUGCAGAUUGCUGCUUCCAAAAUGGACCCCAAUCAUUUCCUCAUGCUUGUUCUUCAGAGAUUUGAACUUUUUGAUAUUUUUAAUGGCAACUCCUCCAGUAAAGAUCAGGAGGUACUGAAACAGUGGAAUAGGUUAACAGAAGAGAUGCUUUACCUGAUUAUCAUCAUUGUAGGUGAACGGUAUGUACCUGGAAUCAGUCAUGUGACUAACGAGGAUGUGACUAUGAGGGAGGUCAUCCAUCUGCUUUGUAUUCAAGCCAUGGCUCAUAGCAGCCUGGUUAAAAGCCUGCCUGAAAAUGAAAGCCAUGAAACAUGGCUUGAAACGGUCAUCUCUAAGGUUGCUGUUUUCAAGAAACCAGGAGUGUCAGGCCAUGGCUUGUAUGAACUGAAGAAGGAAUGUCUGAAAGAGUUUAACCCCUUCUUCUAUCAUUACUCCAGACCUCAACAUAGUAAGGCAGAAGAGGCUCAGAAGAAGAGGAGGACCCAAGAGGGCAGUGAUAAAGCCCUCCGUCCCCCAGUGCCCCCUCCCUUCUGUCCAGGAUUCUCAAACAUAGUGUAUCUGCUCUGCUGUGACAUCUUCAUCCAUAUUCUGAGGAGAAUCUUCCAAAAAGCAGUGGAGGACCGUUCCAGCCGAUGGACUGAACCCAUGAUCCAGAGGGCACUGCACCUUGUAGGCCAGGCUCUACUGGAGGAAAAAACACAGUUGGAAAGCAACAGUACUGAGGAAGUGUCUUUUGACUUUAGUCUGAAAGCUCAAAAAACUGGUUCUGAACAUGGCAAAUCUUUGUUCCACUUCCUGACCAAAAUAAAGUCGUUACCUUCUUUGAAUUCUCAGAAUGACAUGAUCACAUGGAACUUACAGAUGUUUGAGGUGGUGAAGUGUCUUCGGGAGAAAUCCGGUCCGGUAACUUCAUUUUCUGUGGAUCACAGCAAGUUGGAGGAGAGUUUUCAGGAUAAGGAGAAAGCCGAGCGGAAGAGGAAGGCUGAGGCUGCUAAAGCCCACAGGCAGAAGAUCAUGGCUCAGAUGUCGACCAUGCAGAAGAACUUCAUAGAGUCCAACAAGAUGCUUUAUGACAACGUGCCUGAGAGCUUGAGUCAGAGCGACACCGCUGCGUCUGUGGAGAGCUUCGAUGUGGAUGAGAGCAGAGUGGCUGUGGGCCCUCAGCAGGGCGUUUGUUCCACAGACUGGGGGGCUCAGAUCUGCAUCUUGUGUCAGGAGGAGCAGGAAGUUCAGGCUCAGGCACCAGCCAUGGUCCUCACAGCAUGUGUUCAGAGAUCUACUGUUCUUACACAGGACCGUGGAAAGACACUCUCCCCUAAAGUAGGCUGCUAUCCCCUGUUCAUGCCCCCAGAUCUGGCUGUGGGAACACACACUGGCAGCUGUGGACAUGUGAUGCACGCCACCUGCUGGCAAAAGUACUUUGAAGCUGUGCAGAACACCACUCGGAAUCGGCUGCAUGCAGACCUGAUCAUAGACCUGGAGAACGGCGAGUUCAUGUGUCCACUCUGCAAGUCCCUCUGUAACACGGUCAUUCCUCUGAUCCCUGUGGAGCCCAGCAAGCUCAACUAUGAGAGUGCCGAGUUAGUUGGUCAGCAUCUCACUCUCGAGCGCUGGAUUCAGAUCAUGUCUUCUCGAAUCAGAGGACUGAGAGGUACAUGGGAAACAGACAAUAACAGUGAGGAAGCGGCGGAGGAAGCAAUGGUACUUUUUGAUGAGAGUCAAGCUGAUUUCAGAUCCAUUCUCAGUUUUGGAGUUCAAGAGCCGCCGAAGUUCUCUCGCAGUAUCACAGAGAUGUUGGGGGUCUGUGCGACCACAGUGCACAGGGUGGGAUUGCAGACCGCUCCCAAUGACCUGUGCCCGUACGUGCCUGUCAUGUCAUGGAACACGUGUGCCUACACCAUCCAGGCCAUCGAGAGCAUGUUACAGGAAGAAGGGAAGGCUCUUUUUGGAUCUCUCCAGAACAGACAGCUCUCUGGACUCAAAGCAUUAGUGCAGUUUUCAGCUUCUCAGAGGCUGAAGAGCAGACAAGCAGUCAUACAGAAGCAUUUUGCUGAUAUGUUAGCAGUCCUGGUACCUGUUCCUACUGUAGAAAACGCACCAUCAAUAUUAGAAGUGGACUUCUUUCAUCUACUGGUGGGACUGGUUCUGUCCAUCCCAGCGUUGUAUCAGGAAGAGGCUGUAGACCUGCAGCCUUCAGCAGUCAGCACAGCGUUCAAUCACCUCUACCUUCUGCACCUGGUCACUAUGGGUCACAUGCUGCAGAUCCUGCUGGCUUCACACGAUUGUGCUGUAAUAAGAGGGCCAGAGGAGGGCGAUGAGGCCCAGGCUGCAGCUGAACUCUUCUCUAUUGUGUCUCAACACACAGAUGGGUUGAGAGCUGGUGUGUCUGGUUUCAGUGUAGAGAGUGUAAAGAGAGGUGUUCUUCCCUUCCUGCGCUGUGCUGCACUGUUCUUUAAUUGCCUUACAGGAGUCCCCCCUCCAGAGGAGCUGUCCGAAUCACCUGAAAGUCAGCUGCCUCUGCUGUGUAGUUACCUCUCCUUGCCCUCCAACCUGUUUCAACUGUUUCAGGACCACAGGGAUGUUGUAACCACCUUAAUAAAGAGGUGGUGUGGGGAUGCAGCCAUAUCCAAAGCCCUCAAAGGUGAAAUGCAAAUCAUCAGGUAUCCUCGUAAGAGAAACAGGCUAAUAGAUCUUCCAGAGGACUAUAGUGUGUUGCUCAACCAAGCUAGUCACUUCAAAUGCCCAAACUCAUCAGAUGACGAGCGAAAGCACCCGACCCUGUGUCUGCUGUGCGGGGUCAUGCUGUGUGCGCAGAGCCCCUGCUGUCAGCAGCAGCUGAACGGGGAGGAAGUGGGAGCGUGCACGGUUCACGCCACCAUCUGUGGGGCAGGAGUGGGAAUGUUUCUCAGGUGA